UGAAAUAAGAAGAAGGAAAUCAAGUGAUUUUAAAAAAGAACGUAGCGAGGAGCGGAGGUGUGGUUGUGUGCAGCGCACGAGCUUAAAAAUACGCGGUGUGGCGCGUGUACCAAGUUUUACACUGCAAAGGGAAGGAAGUGUGUGUGGAGGAGGGAAAAAGAGGAAAAGGAAGAGAGCGUGGAAGCAGAUACCAGGACACACGGACGGGGAGACGCGGAGGAACAUGCCUUCGUACGCUUUCAACCAGUUUCUCGACAGAGAUGACUUUUUGUGCAAACAACUUCUAAAACUAGACAUGGAAGAGACUUCAGGGUCUUCUGCAUCAACUGUUGGAUACACAAAGCCUGGAUCAGUAACAACUUCUAACAGCUGGGCACAAACCAAAGAACUUCCCGUGUCGUCACGAUGGAACAAGAUGGGCUUCUGGUCAGAGCGUGCGAUCAGUAUGGUGGAAGGUGAUACAGGAGGUCUGGGAUGGGCAUCUGACAAGCCUGGGUCCAUGUUGAGCACUACGUCUUUUGGCAGUUCCACGUCCUCGCUGUCUAGCAGCACCAUAUCCUCACGUUACAAGACUGAACUGUGUCGCACCUUCUCAGAACGAGGCACGUGCAAAUAUGGGAGCAAGUGCCAGUUCGCCCAUGGAACCGAAGAGCUCCGCGGCAUCAACCGACACCCUAAAUACAAGACCGAGCCGUGCCGCACGUUCCAUUCGAUCGGUUUUUGUCCGUACGGCAUUCGCUGCCACUUUGUGCACAACAACGAUGAUGAUGCUCACCUCUGCCCUCAACAGCCCUCUCGUCCUACAGCUACCAAGCGCCCACCACUCCUAAAACAAAGCUUCAGCUUUGCCGGCUUUUCUUCCAAGUCCCCACCUCUUGAGUCUCCCUUUUCUCAGUCGCCUUUGCUUGCUAUACAGUCUGCCUCACCACCAUCCUCAGGCACCAUCUCUGACCUCCUGGCUAUGGCCUUCCCAGACUUCCUACCCUCACACGACUCGGGCUGCUCCAGCGGUGAGCCGACUCCUACCACCUCACCUUCUCAGAUGGCGCCCGGUGCACCUGACCUAAGUUUCGGCGGCUCCCUGGGCACACGGAGUCUUUCGCUCACAUCGCUUUCGGACCACGAGGGACGUUGUAGCAGCUCGGCCAGUAGCCUGAGUGGCUCUGAUUCGUCUUCGGCUCACGACAACGCUGCCAAGCGACUGCCCAUCUUCAGCCAGUUGUCUGUGCCUGAUGGUUUCUGCGCUGAAGGCAGUACAAGUUUCUUCCUAUAGAAGCAGAAUUCUCCAAGGUUCAUGUCCUUGAUCACAGGUUCUACUGUCAGAUACUUGACUUUUUUAGAUUUGGACUCGAAGGAUAGCGCUAUAAGGAGAGAAUUGGAGGAGUGCCCCCCACCCACCCACACACACACACACACACACACACACACACACACACACGCCUUUUUAUGUUCAAAUUUGCAAUUUGCAACGUGACUUGUAGAAGAGCGAAGUCGGAUUGUGGGUUUGGAGUGAAACACUGUACGUAAUCAGUAUUUAAAUUGGUUACUAACUGAAAGGAUUCUAUUUAAAAAAAAAAAAAAAAAAAAAGCGCCAAAGAACUU